GCCGGGCGCUGCUGGAAAGUUUUAAAACUCACGGGGAGCUCGGAGGCGCGACGACCGCCGCUUCCCCCUGCCAUUGCCGAGGAAGGGAUCGCGGGAGCGACCUAGGCCGGCGGGGUCCUUCAGCGUCGCGUCGGCUAUCUGCGAUGAUGAACCUGCGCGUCGCCACCGUGGCGCCCGGCGUGCGCGUGCUCGGCGGGGGCGUUGCGCGCGUGCCGCCGCGGCCGCGGGCGCUCCGCGGCAGGAGACGCCUCUCCGUGCGGAUGUCCGUCGCGACCACUGAGGCCGCCACCGCCGUGGGCGCCUACGAGGACCAGGAGCUGGAGGCCAGGAACUCCAAGACGGUGGUGGCGGUCAUCCUCGGCGGCGGCGCCGGGACCAGGCUCUUCCCGCUAACCAAGCGCAGGGCGAAGCCCGCGGUGCCGAUUGGCGGCGCGUACCGGCUGAUCGACGUGCCGAUGAGCAACUGCAUAAACAGCGGGAUCAACAAGGUGUACAUCCUCACGCAGUUCAACUCGACGUCCCUGAACCGCCACCUCUCCAGGGCCUACGAUUUCAGCAAUGGCGUGGCGUUUGGAGACGGUUUCGUCGAGGUUCUAGCAGCAACACAGAGGCCUGGAACGGAGGGAAAGAGGUGGUUCCAGGGUACAGCCGAUGCAGUUCGGCAGUUCGACUGGCUUUUUGAUGAUGCCAGAGCUAAAGACAUUGAAGAUGUCUUGAUUCUUUCUGGUGAUCACCUCUACCGUAUGGAUUACAUGGACUUUGUUCAGAGUCAUCGGCAAAGAGGUGCAGGCAUCAGCAUCUGUUGUUUGCCAAUUGAUGACAGCCGGGCAUCUGAUUUUGGUCUAAUGAAGAUAGAUGACACCGGAAGAGUAAUUUCAUUCAGCGAGAAGCCAAAAGGAGAUGAUUUAAAGGCAAUGCAAGUUGACACCACAGUGCUAGGCUUAUCAAAGGAGGAAGCAGAACAGAAACCCUACAUAGCGUCAAUGGGGGUUUAUAUUUUUAAGAAAGACAUACUCCUAAACCUUUUAAGAUGGCGUUUUCCCACUGCGAAUGAUUUUGGUUCUGAAAUAAUUCCUGCUUCAGCAAAAGAAAUCAAUGUAAAGGCAUAUCUUUUCAAUGAUUACUGGGAAGAUAUUGGAACUAUUAAGUCCUUCUUUGAAGCAAACCUUGCCCUUGCUGAGCAGCCUCCAAGGUUCAGCUUCUAUGAUGCUGACAAACCAAUGUACACAUCACGGAGAAACCUACCACCGUCUUUGGUCAACAAUAGUAAGAUCACUGAUUCAAUCAUUUCCCACGGAUGUUUCUUGGAUAAUUGCAGGAUAGAACACAGUGUGGUUGGAGUACGUUCUCGGAUAGGCUCCAAUGUGCACCUCAAGGAUACAGUAAUGCUCGGAGCUGAUUACUACGAAACUGAUGCGGAAAGAGGAGAGCUGCUUACUGAAGGAAAAGUUCCCAUUGGGAUUGGGGAGAAUACGACGAUUCAAAAGUGUAUCAUAGAUAAGAAUGCGAGGAUAGGGAAGAACGUGACGAUCUCCAACGCUGAGGGCGUAGAGGAAGCUGAUAGAACAUCCGAAGGCUUCUACAUCCGAUCCGGCAUCACUAUCGUACUGAAGAACUCAAUAAUCGCCGACGGAUUGGUCAUAUGAGCUGAAAAAGCUCACAAGACAGGCAUUUGCAGCAUAAAUAAUCAUAGGAGUUCUUUGUAGUUUUACAAUAAGCUGUGACGUGCAGCAUUCAAGAGCUUUUGCUUGUCUAUACAAGAUCAUUUUUGUUUGCAAGCCUGUCGUGUCUCACCAUGUUGUAUUUGACUAAAAGGACACUGUUAGACCAUGAACAUUUUCUGUGGUUCAGCACUUCAGUUUUACUGGUUCUUGGACAAUGUACACAAAAAGCUUUUACCACCUUUCAGUUGGAUAGUUGGUACAUGUGUGUUGCA